CACACAUGCUCCGUGUCAUUAUUUUCAAUUUUCAAAAAUAUUUAUUUUGCUUAGUGUAUUAUCAAUUCGGCGCACUCGGUUAUUGUGUCGUCGGUGUCACGCAAACGAAGAUGAAUCAUGACAGGUGCGCGCGCUCAAUCGGGUCAACUGUCUGUGGAGACUAAGAGGGACGCGCACAAUUAAGGUUGGCUCAUUCAUUUGACUGGGGAAAAGAAGGGGGGGGGGGGGAACAACCUUUGUGAAAAGGAGGAGGAAGAGCGCCGUGGAAAUAUCGCUGGACAUGCGACAUGAGUAACAUCAGUGAUGGAGUUGGAGGGCUUCUGCCCCUCUUGAACUUCAAUGGACCCUCAGUCAACAAGUCCAGUGACCUGUUGGCCAAUGCAACAUGCAACGUGUCCACAAAUGAUUCAACAUUCUGCUCGCCAGCGGACGAUGGCACAGGAGCUGCGAGUCCGUACAAGGCAGUCGAGAUGUUUUUUAUCGCCCUGGUCACUGGGUCGCUGAGCCUUGUGACCGUCACAGGGAACAUUUUAGUCAUGCUGUCCAUCAAAGUCAACCGCCACUUACAAACUGUCAAUAACUAUUUCUUGUUCUCAUUGGCAUGCGCUGACCUGAUCAUUGGUGUGUUCAGCAUGAAUUUAUACACUGUUUAUAUCAUUGUUGGAUACUGGCCUCUUGGGCCCGUGGUCUGUGACCUGUGGCUUGCUUUAGAUUACGUAGUCUCCAACGCAUCAGUGAUGAACCUGUUGAUUAUUAGUUUUGAUCGUUACUUCUGUGUGACCAAGCCCCUCACAUACCCUGCGAGAAGGACCACUAAGAUGGCGGGGUUGAUGAUUGCGGCAGCCUGGAUCUUAUCCUUCAUCCUUUGGGCCCCCGCCAUCUUGUUCUGGCAGUUCAUCGUCGGGCAGAGGACAGUGCCACCUGGAGAAUGUUACAUUCAGUUCCUGUCGAACCCUGCGGUGACCUUUGGCACUGCAAUAGCGGCGUUCUAUCUGCCAGUCAUAAUUAUGACCGUGCUGUACAUCCACAUCUCACUGGCAUCAAGGAGCAGGGUUUCCAAACAUAAACCAGACAAGAAAGAGAAGAAAGGCUCAAAAACACCCAGCAUGACGAAGAGUCACAUGCGAAAACAAAACAACAACAAUGAAAGCAGUCCUCGGAAGAGUCCUCAAUUGACUCCCAAGCUCAGUUUGGACUCGACAACCACUGUUGAUGAGGCUGUGAAGAACGGCAGGGCGGGUGCAGCCAAAUCAAGCGGACCACAGAUGCCAGCUCAACGCAGUCCUGGGCUCACAACACAGGAGGAAAAGGAGAGCUCCAAUGAUUCGUCCACAGCCUUUAUUCCCCCAACAGAACCAAAGGCAAGCAAUGAUGCGAUAUGUGAGGCUCCAACUAAUUCUAACCCAGUUCCAGCAAGUUUGACAAAUCCUCCCAUGUCCAAAAUCAAUUCCACCUCAAGGUGGUCUAAGAUAAAGAUCGUGACCAAGCAGGCUGGGGAUGAAUGCAUCACAGCACUCGAGAUCGUCCCGCCCGGGGAGGGAGCCGACAGGCAUUCCAUCCCGAUCAGCCGCCCCAGGACGGUGGCAAGGAAGUUCGCAAGCAUCGCUCGGAGCCAAGUGAAGCGGAAAAGACAGAUGGCCGCCAGGGAAAAGAAAGUGACCAAGACGAUUUUUGCCAUCUUGCUUGCUUUCAUCAUUACUUGGACCCCCUAUAAUGUCAUGGUGCUGAUCUCCACCUUCUGCCAGUCGUGCGUUCCUGACACCGUGUGGGCCAUCGGCUACUGGCUGUGCUACGUCAACUCCACCAUCAACCCGGCUUGUUACGCCCUUUGCAAUGCCACGUUCAAAAAGACUUUUAAAAACCUGCUGCUGUGCCAAUACAAGAACAUUGGCACAAGAUAAGUGGAGAGGACUGAGGCUACAGGGAAAGAAGAGAGGGCGCGAAGGAUGGAGGUAUUUGAAAGCUGGCCUGCUACAGACUUUUACAGUGGAGAAGCAGACACGAUUUAUGUUGCAAAUAAAGGAAAAUUGAGCCCCAAGUCCUCCAGCUCCCCCCAUAAAUUGAACAAAAUCUUGAGGAGAAAAAUGAUUUAAUCAAAUCUGCUGUGGGGGGAGCAGGAAGGACAAUAAUUAAUAUUGGUGAAUUGAUGGAGGGUUACAUUAGAAUGACAAUACUAAUGAAUGAGUGUAAAAUACUGAGGGGAAGGACAUGAUUGGAGGGUGGAAGGAAUGUUUUGUGGACUGAGGUUGGAUUAAGGAAUGAAUAAUAAACAACAGUGUAGUGUGAAUGGAUGGUUUAUGUACAGUGGAUGUAAGAAUGGUAUAUACAAGACAGAUGGAUAAUGAUGCUGUGAAAAUCAAAUGACCUGACCAAAGAUAUUUGGAAAGAUCCCACUAUUCAUUUUUACAGAGAUGUUUGACUUGAUUGUCAGAGAUUAGUCAUAAAUUCUAUUUACAAUCAUUACGUAACGUGUUUAUUCUACUCAAGCCAACAUGGUAGGUGUGAAAAUUGAUUGCGGACUACUAAGAUUAACUUCAUUCAAUUAGGGAAAAGUCUAAGGAACUGAGACGUGUGCGGUCAAGAAACCUCAAGCGAAGGAAACGCCGCGCUUAUUUCCCAAUAUCACUCGCUAUUGUGUCUAUUAGCCAUGUGAUCGGCAGGCGAUCAGGGUGCAUGUAGUCCCUCCCCCUAAGUCAGGUUGGAUACCCCCCAGCUUCCCUGUGACUUUAAACACAUAUAGUAAAUGGAACUAUGGAUGAUGACAGCUUUUGGUAUUAUACUCUGAUUCCUCAGUUUUAGUGACAAGAAGGGAUUCAUUAAAAUUUAAAGAACCUGUAAAGUGAAUUCAGAGAUUUCUUUUUAAAAAAUAUGUUAUACAUGUUUUAAUAUAAUUUCUGAAAACGUGCAAAGACUGAGAACUAUGCAGUACUCUGUUGUGGAGAUUUAAGGUCCUAUUUCCGAGAAUGGCGUAAGUCCGGCGCACAAGGCAGCACAACUGUGCACCAGAGGCGGGUUAGAGCGGUGUUGGUAAUUUCAUGGACGAACGUAAGUCAGGCGGAUCUGUGGGUGGGCAGGCUGCGCCACUGUGGGAGUGUUUACGACCAAAACUUCAUUUCCCGCCAAUAAUAGCAGCUCCUCUCAUUCCCUUUAAAUGUGGCGCACUCACAGUCUCGCAUGGAGACAUCGCUGUGUGGAAGAGGGCAAUGCGUAAUCGCAGCACUCUGUGCGUGAGUGGAGCAUUGUCACUGCUUUAGCCAUGUUGUGUAAACAGAAAAUGUGAGCGGGUACACAGAAUGAGCUGGUGAUAACCACUGGCGACAUAAAUAUGUCUGCAGAGCUCAGUAUCUGUCUGCCUGUACCCCGAUCAAAUUCUCGCGUUAGACUAGCAGUCUACCUUGGGCCAAGAUUUAGACAUGGUCUGAGCAGUCGUAAAUUUAGAUCAACUUUCUGCCACCAAAUUGUCACACCGCUGGGCGCAUCUCUAAGGACGCACUCUCACUGUGCCAGAACGACCAGCUUGGCGCAGACUGGUCUGCUCAAUAGGCGAGUGUUGUGCUGCACGAAAAUCUCAACGCCCCCGCAUUUGCACCCAGGCCUCUUCCACUUCCACCCUUCUCUGGAACAUGGUGUGUCAAAUGUAAAAGAUGUUUGUUUUCACUUUACAGGGACUUUAAGAACAGUUUGGUGUUUGGCCAACCAAGCGGGAUUGUGUACUUCUCUUCAUGUUUGAUAAAUCGACAUUGCCGCAGGGGGAGCGACGUUUGCUUUAGCCAUAUCAGCCAUUGUUAGCAAAAGCCAUUAAUAAUAUAGCAUUACUUUACACAGGAUUUUUCCUUUUUUAAAUUUUAGUUUAGCGUUUGUGAGAAACACAAUUUUGUUUUUUUUACCACACAGAGAAGCAGACAACACAUAGGCAGCUUGCAAGGAGAUAUAUCAGAGGAGUUUUUCCAACCUCUAUUCAACCAAGGCAUGUAUUGCAUUUAACAUUGACAAAAAGGGCACAAAAAGUAUAUAAACUAAAAGAAUAAUGAUCUCGUCUCAAUGUUUAGUUUAACACAAAGCUAUUAUUGUGUUGUAUAAAUGGCAACAGGUGGAUACACUGGUUAAUUGUUCCUUCUACCAGCUACUGGAAAAUAAUGGUUCUCACUGCCACUAUACAUUGCUGGCAUAGAUAGGUGAACAAAGACAUCUGAUUUAUUGCGAAGAAAUAAUAACGUUUGGACCACGUAAGUGAAACUGGAUGAUUUCCCCCCAACUGCACACCUGAUGAUCUCUCACAGCACCUUAAUGUGCUGCGGCACAGUGGUUAGCAAUCACUUUGUCAGAGUUAAGGGAAGGGAUGUCUCCAAUAAGUUGCAAUUUGUGUUGCACGGAGCAGGACUUCAACCGUGACUUUUAUUUCUACACUGAAGGCUAAGUCCUUACAAAUGAGCUACUGUAUAUACAUGCAAACUCAAUCAAUCUAUGAAUAGCCCCCGGACAGUACUGAGUAUGACCAAUGAUCCAAUGACAAUUUACACCUGCAACUUUCACCUACUGUCAACUGUACUGCGCUGGUCACCAAUAUUGACAAGGACUAUUACAGAUAGCUAGAACAAGAGAGAGCUGCAUGCUGCAAUCUGCUUUUAUUUGCACACUUUGUAAUGUUUAACAAGGGAUUACGUGUAAUGUAGUCAUACUGAUUAAAUGUAUAUUGAAUAUAAUUAACAGUAAUAUGCCAUCAUAUAACAUUUAUGAAUCUUGUACAUGAAUAUUAAUGUCACUAUAUCUAGGUUUACUUACUGAUCCAAGUAAAUAUGAACGUUAAGAUUCCAAGUUAACAUUCCAACAUAAGAUUGUUUACCUGGCUGAAUAAGAGAUACUCCAGUACUUCCUUAUGGUGUUUUUGUUUUUGUGUAUCUGGAAAAAUGUAUAAUUUAAAAUACAGUACUGUGAAAAAGCAUUGCCCUCCGUCUCAAAUUCUUAUAUUUUUGCAUAGUUUCCCCACUUUAAUGUUUAAGAUCAUAAAACAAAUGUAAAUAUCGGACAAAAAUAACCCAAGUGGACUUAAAAGGCUGUUUUUAAAUGGGGAUUUCAUUUAUUGAUGAAACAAAAAGGUAUUCAAAGUUACCUGGCCCUGUGUGAAAAAGUAAUGACCCCCUAAACCUAAUAACUGGUUGGGUCUUCCUCAGCAGCAACAACUGAAAUCAAGCGUUUUCUAUAACUGCCAAUGAAUCUUUCACAUCUCUGUGGCGAUAUUUUGGCCCACUCUUCCUUGCACAAUUCUUUGAAUUCAGCAAAAAUUGAGCGUUUUCACGCAUGAACGGCCUUUUUAAGGUCAUGCCACUGCAUUUCAAUCGGAUUCAAGUCCGGACUUUGACUAGGCCACUCCAAAACUUUAAUUUUGUUUUUUUUAAGCCAUUCAGAAGUUGACUUACUGUUGUGUUUUGGAUCAUUAUCCUGCUGCAGAACCCAAGUGCGCUUUAGCUUGCGGUCACAAACUGAUGGCUGAACAUUCUCCCUCAGAAUUUUCUGUUAAAGAGCAGAAUUCAUGGUUCCAUCACAGCAAGUUGUCCAGGUUCUGAAGGACCAAAGCAGCCCAAGACCAUCACACUACCACCACCAUGUCUCACUUUUGGUAGGAUGUUCUUUUUCUGAAAUGCUGUGGUACAUUUACGCCCGAUGUAAUGAGACACACACCUUUCAAGAAUCUCAACUUUCAACUCGUCAUUCCAUAGAACAUUCUCCCCAAAAUCUUGGGUUCCAUUCAGAUUUUUUUUUUUUUUUUUUUUUGCAAAAGUAAGAUGAGCCUUUAUGGUUUUUUUUUGUUUGUUUUCUUUUUGGGUCAGCGGUAGUUUUCGCUUUGGAACUCUGCCGUGGAUGUCAUUUUUGCCCAGUCUCUUUGUUAUUGUUAUUGUCAUGAACAGUUAUCUUAACUGAGGCAAAAGAGCCCUGCAGUUCUUUAGAAGCUGUACUGAGUUCCUUUGUGGCCUCCUGGAUGGGUCAUUGCUGUUCUCUUGGGUUAAUCUUUGUAGGUCGGCCACUCCAGUGGCUUCACCACUGUUCCAUGUUUUCUCCAUGUGAGGAUAAUGGCUCUCCCUAUGGUUCACUGGAAUCCUAAAGCCUUAGAAAUGCCUUUUGUAACACUUUUCAGAGUGAUUGAUGCCAAUUACUUUACUUCUCGACUCCUGUCAUUUUGUUGCAGCUUUUUUAGAUCUUUUGUCUGACUUGAUUUUGUCAGAUUCUGUUUAACUGUUUUCUUGACUGAACAGGCCUGGAGGUAAUCAGGCUUGGGUGUGAUCAGUGAAAAUAAACCCAGAAUUGUGAUUAGCCACAAUUAAUUUAUGAUUGAACAAGUGGGGUCAUUACUUUUUCAACACAGGUCCAGGUAACUUUGAAUAUUUUAUUCCCUUAAUUUUUCCUUAAUAUAUAAUAAUUUAAAGUUCACUUGGCUUAUAUUUGUCUAUCUACAUUUGUUUGAUGAUUCUAAACAUUAAAGAGGGGAAACUAUACAAAAAUGUAAGAAUUUGAGAAGGGGGGCAAUACUUUUUCAUGGCACUGUAUUAUCACCCUUUGUCAAAGCAAUUGCUUUUAAUUGUUCCAAGGUGCUCAUAUACCGGAGAUCUAAGGUUGCAUGAUUUUGGCCAGCCCAUGACAAACCAUCAAGACACACAAAUUGGUUCUACUAUACAACUAGGCUUUACACCGUCAGGAUUUUUGGGGCCGAUCACUGAUCAGCAAGUUUAAAAAAACCGAUAACUGAUCACCGAUCUGAUCACAAGAUUGAACAAUGUGUCUAUUUACAUGACUUGUUCAUUUACUGUAUAUACUUUUGUAUUGUAUACUGAGUAUCUUCAAAAGUAUUCUCUAGUCAGGUCAUGUAUUCUCAUCAGUCAGGUCAAACCAAUAUUACAACAUGACAGAAAUAAUGGGUGCUAAGGUAUUGUAAUUAAAUUACUUUAUUGAGAUUACCGAAACUUUAGAGCAUGAUUCGACAUAACACCAUCAUGUUUACGUACAACUGUUAGUGCUAGCACUAUCUUGCAAGGCUACAUAACGUUUUUUUGCCUGCUUGCGAGCCGUAUCGUGUUAAAAGUACGUGAACAUUCCUCAAGUAAUCCUUGAACGAAUGUCCUCUCCCAAGCACCGGUGACCACCACCACACAUUUUACCCCAUUUUGUUCUUAUAAUACACGGGGCGCGAUCCAUUGUUGUUGUUGUCGCCAUGAUAACGAGUGCGUCCGGUCGCAUUUGAGUUGACAAGAUAAAGCCAAGUGAUCGUAAAAGAUGGGAUGCAGUGGCAUCAGAAUACAAGAUUUUGCCAUCGUCUGACAUAGCAUGCAAAUUUGUCUUGUCGUCUGAUCCAGGCAUUACGUGUUGUCUGUCCAACGUCGUCGACAAGUUUUUUUUAAUAACUUUAUAUUUACAGUACAGUCAGAUAUUUACAGUACUAUGUCAAAAAACGCGACAAGGCUAAAAAUAAACUCACUCUUAGAUUCAAAUAUACUUUACACGAUGGCAACGCGGAGUAAAUGUCUUUUGUUGAGCUGAUCAAUUACGUCGUUGGAACAUUAAAGCCGAUAAGCCGAUCAGCAUAAAAUGCUAAUUAUCGGCCGAUACUGACCAAGCCGAUCAGAUUGGUGUAGUCUAUAUCCAACAGGUGUUUUGUGAUGGUUUGACAUCAUGCGCCUUUAAACCAUGAUUUAAUGAGACAUAAACACCCAAAAAUCUCAUUUAAUGGACUUGCGUAAAACCUUGAUUUUAUUCAAAAUGAGGUUAAUACAGACAUCUGCCUCAAUUAGGUGGCACGUGAAUAUAAUAGGGAUCCACCGAUAAAAAAAAAAUUAGACCGAGUACAAGUUAUUACAUUUGAGUACUUGCUGAUACAAUCUACCCAUACCAGAUAAUGUCAUUACGACUUGCAAUUGUAUUCAAAAUGUGUUUUAUUUUAACCAAAUAUGGUUCAAAAACAUAAACUUUUCUUGAACAUGACAUAAUCUUACUCCAAUAAAAGACUACAUAGAGUAGCAACUUGUUAUUACAACAACUGUCGGCACGGCCGCCUCCAUCGCUAACUGAGCAGAGCGUAAUUGGCUGCUGGCGAAAAGUGUUUUACGUCAAUAUACUGUCCCUCCACACAGCUGACAUGGCUCCUACCUGGAAUUUAUACGUCAGGCUGGUGAAGUGGUAUUAGUGUCAUAUUAUCAGUGCAUUAUUACAAUUCCGAAUACAGAUGUACCGUAUCAUUCCUAUAAUGUAUAGACAGUAAGAAACUGCCUAUGAUAUAUGAUGGCAUGGAAUGUCUGGCAUUCGUAAUGGCCAAUCAGAUGCUUUAAUCCUGGGUUCGAAAACCACAUGUGCAUUGUUAAAACGCCCAUUCAUCCUACUCUGAAAAAAGUACAGUAAUGUCAUUUUCGGAUAUCUCUCAUCUAUAUAUACUGUACGCUCUAUAUGGACAUAUGGAUUUCACUGAUGGGAAUUGAAAAUUGAUAAUAUGGAGUUGAAAAUGGGUGAAUAGAUAUUUGCGUUUCAUAUUCAGCCUGUACACGAGGAUUUUUCUGAACUCUCCGUUUUGUCAUUGUGCCUUUUCCGAUGAAUUUCUUCAGGCUGAUUGGCCUAAAUAACCUUAGAGUUAGCUCUACAUGCUGGUUUGGUAUGCACUGGAUAAUCCAAAAUGCAUUUCCAUGUGGACAAGAGAUUUGGUAGUGUGUCUGGAGUGCGCGCGAAUGUUCUCGUUAAAAAGACAAUCAUGAAUCCCAAUCAUGUGGACAGGUCUCAAUACUUCAGUCCAUAUAAUGUGUAUGAAACAGAGCUGCGAUGUCAACACAACGACUGACCAAUCUUGCAACUCUGUUAGUAGUUAUUGUUUCACUGUUUUGUUUCGUUUAUUAGAUGCACUAGACGGGGUGCAGUAGGAGUCAGGUCCCUCAAGGUACAAGACACUAAUGUACCCCAAUAGGCUAAUUAUUACACUCAAUGAGCCUAAAUAUACAGUUCAGCUUUGAGGCAAGUGUCACCUUAGUGACAAACCAUUAUACCUCGUGUUUGUUUUUCGUUUUUUGACAGUGAAGCAUGCUUUUGUCAGAAUCUGGCGUGGUGAUUGAUUUCCAGUGUACAGCGCAUGUACUUUUUUAUGAUCCAACAUGCAUUGUGAUUUGUGUUCUUCCUUCUUGUCAUAGUAACCCUUCAACAGCAUCAAUUAAGUCACAACAAAAAUAAAAAUCUGUCUGUUUAUACACUGUGUUCCAAAUUAUUCGGCAUACGGUCUUUGUCAUCAACAAUUAUAUUAGAUUCUACAAUAUUCAAGAAUUUAUGAAACAAAACCACCACGAUGACAACAGUAUUUCUUCUUUUCAAAAUGACUCAAAAUACAGUGUUCCAAAUUAUUAUGGUCAGCAAAAAAAUAGUUAUCCUUGAAUUUGACUUCUCUGGAAACCUAAUUAUCAAACCUGACUAAGAUCAGGAGAAACAUGCAGAAAUGUGCCAAGUGUAGUUAAAAUCUUGGAACACAGUGUAUUGGAAUUGGUGGACUGGUCGUCUAUUUAUGACAUAUGGAAGAGAAAAAUCGAUGCAUCAACUAUGUUUCCUUGAUUUUGGAAAUAUAUUUAUUUGUAAUGUAUAUACUUUCUAUUUAAUGUACUAUUCAAACAACUGGUUUCCCAAAAGCAAUGCUAAAGAAUUAUACUGUACCAAUUUGUGGUAAAUCAAUCAUAAAGUGAGCAAUAAAUGUUUAAAUGUGCUCCAACGCUCCACUUCUACAGGUAUUGAGUCGAUUUGACUCCAAACAUGACCUCACUGUUCAGACAAGUAUGCCUUAUGUAAUCCUGAACGCUAUCAGCUUCAUAACUGUGGCAUUAAAAUCAUGAUGUUUUACUUCUGUAACAUUUGAGAAAAUAUUAAAAAGGCUUAGAUGGCCAUUUUUGUUUACAUCACAUUCCACAAUGGAUCGAUGACAAGAUGUUUUUUUGGGUGAACCAUACUGCGGCCCCAUUGGUUUAAACUAUACUGCUAUGAAACACGCCGUUUGUGCACCCUUUUCAUUUGACCCAUAGCACAAAUUCUGCCAGGAUUACAACACUGAAAGACGUAACGAAGAAAAAGUGGUGCUAAAUUGCUGGGAUCUGUGUGGCACUUAGUUUGGAUGCAUUUUUCAGUAAAUUGCCAGACAAAAUGGUUUUGUAGACUUUAGAAUUCAUUCUGCUGCUACCAUCAUGAGUUACAUCAUCAAUAAAGAUUAGUGAGCCCGUUGCAGAAGCAGCCAUGCAAGCCCAAGCCAUGACAUUACCUCCAUCAUGCUUCACAAAUGAGCCUCGUGUGUUUUGGAUCAUCCUUUCUUUCUCCAUACUUUGACCUUUCUAUCACUUUGGUACAGGUUAAUAUUGGUCUCAUUACUCCUUUGUGGCUCAUCUCUGAACGUCUUUGCAAAAAUCCAGUCUGGCCUUCCGAUUCUUUUUGCUGAUGAGAGGUUUGCAUCUUGUGGUUUCUUCUCUCGAAGUCUUCUUCGAACAGUGGAUUGUGAUACCUUCACCCCUGCCCUGUGGAGGUUGGCAAACCAUUUUGUCUGGCAAUUUACAGAAAAAUGCAUCCAAAUUCAUCGGGAGAAGCUUCAUCAUGCAACAAGACAAUGACCCAUAACACACUGCCAACACAACAAAGGACUUCAUCAGGGGGGAAAAGUGGAAGGUCUUAGACUGGCCAAGUCAAUCACCAGACCUUAACCCAAUAGAGCAUGCAUUUUACCUCCUGAAGAGGAGACGGAAGGGAGAAACCCCCAGACACAAACAAGAACUGGAAGAGGCUGCAGUAAAAGUCUGGAAAAGCAUUUCAAAUGAAGAAUGGAACAGUCUGGUGAAGUCAAUGGGUCGCAGGCUUGAUGCAGUUAUUGCAAGUAAGGGUUAUGCCACCAAAUAUUAAAUGUAAUUCACUUUAAGUUAAUUUAAUAGUGUCCAUUCCAAUACAUUUGCUCACUUGAAAAGUGGGUGGGUUCAAACAAAAGGGGCUCUGUCCUGAGUUGUUUAACACAUCUAAAUUUAAAUACCAUGAAAUGACAGCUGGAAUUCUGAACUUUUGUCUCACAUUAAUUUUUUGAAACCUAAACGUAAAUGUCUUCAGUAUACAACAAAAACAAAGGAAUGGACCUUGUCGUUCCAAUACUUUUGGAGGGUACUGUACUAUCAAGGGUGUCAAACUCAUUUUUGUGGCGGGCCACAUUACUACGGUUUCCCUUAUGACUGUGAAACCAUAUAAAUGUUUAAUCGCCUCAUCAUAUUAUCACAUAUACAGAACAGAUUCAUGGAUAACUACUUUUGAAAGCAGAAGUCAAGGAUAAUAGUUUGCUCAACGAUUGUUCAAGUUACUGUAACAAGGGGUUUGGUAUCAAACACAUGCUUGCAAUAUCUCAAUGUUAUUUAUUAAACAAUUUAACAUGAUACAGAUUGAGACAGAUUUGAGGAAGAACCUGUAACCUGUGUUAUACUUGCUGCAGUUUACUUUGCUUUUUGUUAGUAAGUAUGUUUGUGUUGGGUGCGCCAAGGGUAAUCCUACUGACAGCGGUUGGAAUCUUCCGAAAAGGCUUACAGAGUACGCGGACUUCUGUGUCAGCUUUCAUAAGCUGUCGUGAUACAGCGCAGGAAAUAGGAUGGAUAAACCCCAAUAUGUUUGCGUCCUCCAGCUCACUCACUAUCAAGAGACUUCUUUUGUUAGCUUCCACGAAUGACCGCCUGGCUUUCUGUUUAAAAUUUAUUUUAAUUUUUUUUAUCUGCAAGUAUUUUCCCGCUGUUUUCUCCUCUACUUGAGGAGUGGGAAGACUUCGGUUCCCUUUUUGUCUUUGGAUUGAUAAACUGCAAACGAAAGCUGCAGAAUGUGGCAUGACUGCAACAUUCUCUACCCUGGCUGCGCCUGUGAUUGGCGAACACCCUGCGAAAGAAAGUCAUUCCCAUCACUUGUACUCAUAACAAUUCGUGUGUCAAUUGGCAUUCGAAAAACAAAUAUUGACUGAUUAUUUUGUUUGUUUGUUCAUCUAGCGAAUAAGUAAAAAAUUAUAGAUUUUUCAUAAUUCCAUUUGAGGCUCAGUGCCAAAAUACAAAAUUGAAAAACGUGCCACAGUACAAAAUUUUUAUGCACAGUUCCAGAAAGAAGAAUGAAAACCUUCCCAUGUCUACUAGUCCACGUGAUGUUCCAAGUGGAGAUGAAUGUGUUGAAAACAUUGAGACAAGGAGAGAGAUAAACUGCGGUGAAAGCAAUUGUCACAUCUUCCUCUUUAAGUCACACGUUUAGUCAGGUUUUUCCAUUUCGUCAGCCUAAAAUUUAAAUCUGAACAAUCAGGCUUUUUCUUGUGUUGUGAUUAAAAAACAAAUAGUAGAAUAACUAGGCACUUUUUCAUUAGUUGUAAUUUUUCAUUGCCAAUUGAAAAACGGAUGAAUCUUGGAUUUCAUAGCCUUGUCCUCCGUCACUAUCCAAAGUUUUGCUGCAACAAUCCAUCUGUCGUUCACACGUUGGUUCCUGAUUUAGCUUUAAAUAUUGGGGGGGAAAAACUGAACUGUGAGGGCACCAUUCAAAGAAAAAUGCAGAAAAUGUAAUUUCAUUUUAAAAAAAUCCAUAUAAUAUAUAAGAAGGUAUUAAUUUUUGUGAUUUGGAUCUAACUUACUUUUAAACUUUUCAUUGCUUUCCAGCAGCAGCUUUUGGGAAAACAGCUUUUGACAAUUGUCUUUGUAAUGCUUUUUGUAGCCUUUUUUUUUUUUUUUUGACUGAGACUGAGCUUUUACUGCAUGUUGGUCAGCAUCACCUAACACAAUACAUACUUUGUAAAUACAAAAUAUGUGGUUGAGCUCUAAGUAUGUAUAAGAAAAAACAUUAUGAUGGUAAUAAACAACCUAUGUUUCACAUUU